GUCUCCUUGUCUUUUACUGCACAAUGUAAUGUAAUGGACUUCAGACAGCAUACGCCUCGGUUUCAGGCCCAGGUAAAAAUAUCCAUCCGAGUUGGAGGGCAGCCAAAGAGUCCAUUUCCCGGCUAAGAAAAUCAGUAUUUCAAUGCAGGCAGCGGUGUCGGCACAGUACGAGCAUUUUUAAAGAGGCCAGUUGCUUUUCAUCAGACACAGACAAGGACGUCGAAGCUUUUUCUCUGUAACAGUUGCAGCCUACACCACUAAUAAUGUUGAAAUAUGAUUGAAAUGCAGUGAAGACUGGACUCCGACAAGACCCAUCAUUUUUCAAUUCAACAGAUCAGUUGGUCUUAUCGUGGCUGUACUGGCUGCAGAAGUCAGGAACCUGUGACUCCUUUGCACGUGCCAGCAUUUUACGUGGCAUUGUAGCUGCUCCUCCCUUCUCAUAACAGUUUUAUCCUGGUCAGGAUUGCAGUGGAUUCAGAGCCUAUCCCGGGAACACUGUGCACGAGGCAGGAAUACACCCGGAAUGGACCAUGAGUGCUGGAAUAAAACCAGUGUCUCAGGAUCACAGUGGCUCUGGGAUCCCUCUGCCCCGGACCAUGAGCACCUUCUCCAAGCAGAACACCAAGUGCUCAAGCAAAACCUUCCUGAGUUCACCUGCUCAAUAUCAACCAGGUGGACGAAUGGCUUCCUUCCCUUCCUCCACCUCCAGCACUGCUAACUCUAAAGAGCUGCUCAAAGAAGCUUCAUCAAGGAUUCAGUACCAACUUCAGAGAUCGACUCCACUCAAGACCUCAUUUAACCACAUGACUGGUUCUCGUUCUGCCUACAGUAGCCCACAGGUUCCUAAAAGGGAUAUGGUGCGUUCCAAAGACACGCUGGACCUCCGUAGAGUCCCUGUGUCCCAGGACAGGUUUGGAGACUUGACCAGGAAUGGCAACAAAAACUGGAAAAGUAAUCAAGUACAGUUCAAGAGUCUGGAUAAUGCAGAUGCUCCAUCAUCUUCCUGCAUGGUGAUGCAGGGGAUCCAGACAGGGAAAGCUCGUCUCAGACCAACCAAUGGGAAUUUGAUUUGGGGAUCGUCUGCCGGUAAUCGACCAGGCUUUAACAAGCAAAGAAUCAAAUUUAAAAAUGGAAGCACUGAGAAAGACAUGAACUCUUGCAAACGUACACCACAGAAAACUGUAGGAAGUGAAUCACCUCGUAUGGCUGCAGUGGCACCUUUCAGAUUCAAGCUUCAGGUUCAGGAGGAUACAGACAUGUCCUCUUUGGAGGAUGUGAGUGACUGCUCCUCUGAUUCCAUGGAAGUGUGCUGUGAAGAUUUGGAUCGAGAGUCUCAGAGGAAGCGUACCGUUCAGAAUGUUCUGGAUCUCCGGCAGAACCUGGAAGACACCAUGUCCAGUCUGCGAGGGACCCAACUCAGCCAUGGUUGCCUGGACAGUAGCAUGUGCUAUGACAGUGAUGACACCAAUGCCCGUAGUGUCUCCAGCCUCUCCAACCGCUCCUCUCCACUAUCCUGGCGUCAUGGCCAAGCCAGCCCCCGUCUGCAGGCUGGCGAUGCCCCCUCUUCCACUGGUUACCCACUGGGUUCAAAAGCAUCCCAGUACACCUCUCAUACCAUGCCUGCCCGCUGCUCGAGCCGCCUCAGCAACACCUCCCACAUUGAGCUCAUCGAGAACCUGGACACAGGAGAUGGCGACCUCAAAUCUGGCUACCUGAGCGAUUCUGACCUAAUGAGCAAGAGUCUGAAUGAGGAUGAUGAUGAUGACGAUAAUCUUGCCAACGGGUGGGAUGAGAGCAGCUCCAUCAGCAGUGGUUUGAGUGAUGGCUCUGAUAAUCUGAGCUCAGAGGAUCUGAAUGCAAGUUCCUCACUGAACUCACUACCCACUACACCAGUCGGCUCCCGACGGAACUCCUCCAUAAUGCUGCGUACAGAUGCAGAGAAGCGCUCUCUGGUGGAAAGCGGCCUCGCUUGGUACAGCGAGGACAAGGCCUUGCAGAAAGCAGACAGUGGAGCCUAUGAUACCGGCAGCCUGAAGACCGAGUCCUCUAGCAAAUACAGAAAGAGCAGACCAGCAGAGGGCGCUGCGCAGGAGAAGACCCCGAGACGAGAGCUGAAAAAGCCACAGAGCCUGGGACAGCCAGGCAGCUUCAAAAAGGGCCAGACUCCUCCAGUAGGCGUCACAUCUCCCAUCACACACACGUCACAGAGCGUGCUGAAAGUGGCAGCAGCUAAAGGAGACACCAAGGUUGUAGACAAGCAGAAGUUAUCCCUGAAGACUUCAGGCCUGCAGCGUUCCCGCUCUGAUGCAGGUCGGGACAGUGUUGAGCACCGGAAACCCCCCUCAGGCCUCGUCAAACCCACUGCAGGCAGCUUUGGCUACAGGAAAACACCGACCACUGGCACGGCCACCGUAAUGACAGCAGGAGGUGCCACCAUCUCCAGUGGGUCAGCCACAGUAGGCAAAACUCCUAAGUCCUCAGGCAUCCCCACCAAACCUGUGCCCGGAGGAGGAAGCCGAAAGAACAGCCUGGAUGCCAGCAACGGUGAGAACGGAUUCCUUGCACCAAACGCCCGUGGCAGCAUUCAGUACCGAAGCCUCCCUCGUCCCGCCAAGUCCAGCGCUAUGAGUUUAACAGGGCGAGCUGCCUCUCGUCCUGUUAGCAGCAGCAUUGAUGCCAGCCUCCUUAGCCUCAAGCCCAUGCCCACUUUACCUGCUACCAUGCCUACCAGAGGAAAGGAUGGCGGUAGCACAAAGGCAGGCAGCCGCAUUAGCAGCAUCGGGCCUGUUAACCAGACAGAUAAGGAGAAGGAGAGGGCCAAGGCCAAAGCGGACCUGGAGAACAUCUCUCUGAAGAGCGAGACCCAAAGAGAGAGCUGUGGAGAGAAUGCAGAGCAGAUCCACAGGACACGUAGGACCAGCACAAGCAAAUACCCAGAACUGAGUUCUCCAACUACCACACCAAGAAUGCUGGCCAAGUCUCUCGCUCACCCUCCGAGCCUGGCUCACCUAGACAAGCUGAACUCCAACAGCCUAGACUCGUGUGUGACUAUCGAAGACCUUCCCCCAAAGAUUCCUCCCUACUCCAAGCUGCAGGACCUGGUGGGCUCGCGCGUUCCCUGCCGCCUCACACCCAGCCCAGCUCCAGUGCUCAACAUCGACUCACCAAGCUGCUUCUCGGGUCAGCCUCUUUCACUGAGCAGCUCCCCCCUCCUAUACCCCAAGAUGUCUGGUGUCCACCGCAGCAUGGAGUCACUGUCUCUGCACAUGAGCCUGCCACCCAGUGUGGAUCUCGGGGACCAGGUGGAGGCCACAGGCAGGACUAUGGGCACAUGGGGGGCAGGCACUCGCACAUCGGUCACCUUGAAUGACAGUUUACAAACUGACAGGAACACCUUACCCAAGCAAGGAUUAAGUCGCUAUAGCAGUAGCCAAUCAGAAGUAGAGGGGAAGGAGCGCCGCCACUCCCACACGAUAAUGAGCAUGACCGAGUCCGAGAGCCCACCCCAACUCCCAUCACCCACUCACUUGAGCCAAUCCUUUGCUGGCAAAACACCACCCACCAAUGUGGUGGCUCCCAUUACAAGCUCAAGCACCACCCCUCGCAUCACUCGCUCCAACAGUAUCCCAGCCAAUGAGGGCAGCUACGACCUGUAUGCAAGUUCCCCACUGGGAAGCUCCAUGUCGCUGGCCGACCGGCCUAAGAGCAUGAUGCGCUCUGGAUCCUUCCGGGAGCCUGGAGAGGAUGUACAUGGUUCUGUCCUCUCCCUGGCCUCCAAUGCAUCGUCUAACUACUCAUCAACAGAGGAGAGAAUGCAGGGAGAGCAAAUCCGAAAACUACGGCGUGAACUUGAAGCAUCUCAAGACAAAGUGGCGAACCUGACGAGUCAGCUAUCUGCUAACGCCAACCUGGUCGCAGCUUUUGAACAGAGUCUGACGCUUAUGACUGCUCGCCUGCAAAGCCUGUCUGUCAGCUCUGAGCAGAAGCAGGCAGGCCAGGACGUUGAGCUACAGGACCUGAGGGACACCAUUGAUAUAUUGAAAUCCAAGAACACCGAGGCCCAGGUUAUCAUCCAGGGUGCACUCAACGCCCCUGAGUCCACACCCAAAGAACUACAGAUUAACAGGCAGAACUCAUCUGAGAGCAUUGCCAGCAUGAACAGUAUCACCAGCCAUUCCAGCUUGGGUAGCCUGAAGGAACAGGAUGCCAAGAAAAAGAAGAAGAAAAGCUGGUUGAGAAGUUCCUUUAACAGGGCUUUCUAUAAGAAGGGCUCCAAGUCGUACUCGGAUAUUGAGGAAAUUGCCACCCCAGAGUCCUCAACUCCCUCGUCCCCGAAAAUCCAUCACGAUGUGGAAAAAACACCAUUCUCUAUAAAUCCACCUACUUCUGCCUCCUCCUCUAUACUGGGCGAUAGCAGCGACGGCACAGAAACCGAAGAGAAGGUGGUGUCUGAGCUGCGCUCUGAACUCUGGGAAAAGGAACGCAAACUUACAGAUAUCCGGCUGGAGGCCCUUAGUUCUGCUCACCAGCUGGAGCAGCUACAGGAAGCCAUGAGCAAGAUGCAGAUGACUGUAGAAAAUCUGAAGGCAGAAAAUGACCAGUUGAAAACUGGUGUCUCCAGACCUCCCAGCUCCACUUCCCAGUCGUCUGGGCUGGGCUCAUUGGGCACCUUGUCACCACGGCAAUCUGUGGCAUCUCUUAGCAAAACCUUUAGCAUGGGAGCAACUGAAAGCUUAAACACAGAUGUAUUUCACAGUCCUACCUCGACCCUACAGAAGGAUGAGAGCGUUGUCAGAGUGCUAGUGCGCAUACCCAACCAGCAAGUCUUUAAUGAGGAGGUUAAGCAACUGGAAUUCUUCAUUGGCAUGGUCAAACUCAGUGGGCCGACUGAUUGGAGCACGCUCGACUCUGCCAUCUGCCAAGCUUUUAAAGACUACUUAUCAGUGGUGGACCCGAGCUCCAGCCUGGGCCUGUCUCAGGACUCCAUUUACAGCUACAGCCUCAGUCAUCUGAAGAGAGUGCUAGGAGCUCAGCCACCCGAGACUCCACCAGUACGCUGCCUUAGCAAGAGUUCCACCUGCAUUAACGUGGCUCUCAAAGGUCUGAAGGAGAAGUGCGUGGACAACGUGGUGUUUGAGACGCUCAUCCCGAAGCCUAUGAUACAGCACUACAUUAGUCUGCUGCUGAAGCACCGCCGCUUGAUCCUGUCAGGGCCCAGCGGCACAGGGAAGACUUACCUCUCCUCCCGCCUCGCCGAAUACCUGGUGGAGCGCAGUGCACGAGAGAUCACCCCUGCCAUCGCAGUCUCUUUCAACAUGCACCGUCAAACUUGCAAGGAUCUACAACUUUACCUGUCCAAUCUGGCCAAUCAGAUUGACCGGGAGACUAGUACAUCUGAAAUCCCACUGGUUGUCGUGCUUGAUGAUGUACAUGAUGCUGCAUCCAUCAGUGAAUUAGUUAAUGGUGCUUUAACAUGUAAAUAUCACAAAUGUCCAUACAUUAUAGGGACCACAAAUCAACCAGUGAAGAUGACCCCCAACCACAGCCUGCACCUUAGCUUCAGGAUGGUUAUGUUCUCCAAUAACGUGGAGCCAGCCAACGGCUUUCUAGUGCGCUACCUGCACAGGAAGCUAAUGGAAGCGGAGGACCCCAGAAGAUUGACAAAUGAGGAUCUCCUGCGGGUGCUAGAUUGGGUGCCCAAGCUCUGGUACCACCUCCACACUUUCCUGGAGAAGCACAGCACCUCUGACUUCCUCAUUGGGCCGUGUUUUUUCCUGUCCUGUCCAGUGACAGUUGAGGAGUUUCGCUGUUGGUUCAUUGACCUGUGGAACCACUCAAUCAUUCCUUACCUGCAGGAGGGAGCCAAAGAUGGUAUCAAGGCACAUGGUCAGAAGGCAGUGUGGGAGGACCCAGUGGAGUGGGUGCGGGAUUCUCUCCCUUGGCCGUCUGCCCAGCAGGACCAGGCCAAGCUCUUCCAUCUGCCUCCACCCAGCACGGGGCCAGCCAGCCCUAGUCAAGCUGGAGACGAACGGCCCCACAAAGAAACACCUCCCAGCUCGAUGGAGUCAGACCCACUGAUGGCAAUGCUGCUAAAACUGCAGGAGGCAGCCAAUUAUAUUGAAUCGCCAGAAAAAGAGGCAGAGCCUAAACUGCCCACGCUAUGAACACAAAUACAUACUGAGCCUUCACUGAUCUCUUUCAUCUCUCCAGUGGUUCUGACAAAACACCGAGGUCCUAAUGCAAACUCCUGAAAUAUACGUUCAUGUCAUAAAUUACUAAAAAUGUCUGUAUUCUUCUAACAGAGAACAUACGCCAUUUUUUUUUUCUUGGUUGGCUCACCUUGUUUUGCUUUCCUGUUUAUAUAAUAAUGUAUGUACAUUGCAAGAAUAUUUGUUAUAAAAACGUGUCAUAAAAGCCAAUAGAUACUUUUAGUCACAACCAAAUAGGUACUUUUCUUACAAACAGAAAUAUAUAUCGCUUGUACCUGCAGAUCCUAUACACGAUACAGUUUACAUACAGCAUAAUCAGUAUAUGUUUUUCUUUUCAUGAGCAUUUACUGUUCCACUGCUGCCCACAGUACAACUCAAGGAAGCAGGUGUUAACUGCUAAUUGCUAGUAUGCACAACUUGCAUUCACCUCACAGCUUCUGAACAGAGAAAAUCCAAUCCAAUUGAGCGCCAUCUCUACGUGCAGACCUUUGCAGUGAUGAGUGUGCGGCAGUGCUGCUGCUGAUCAAGCACGUCUGCCUGGCCGUACAUUUCAGUGAUCGCCUACCCAAAAUUUAAACUGCAUGCUAAAGCCUAUGAUUGCUUUGAACCAUAGAAACACCUUGGGUUUCUUACUUUCUUUUUUUCUGAAACAUGAAAACAUAAAAAAUGGCAAAGUAGAAUGCCAUAAAAAUUCAAAGUCCUGCAAAGUGUGCCGUCCUGUCCCCUGUAGGGGGCAGUGUUCAUCUCAAAAUCUUCAUUGCCAUACUACUGGCAAUGCUGGGGAAGUCAGUAACAGCACUUCAACCAUACAUAGCAAAGCGUAUAGAGAGCUUUCAUACAAAUUGCAGUAGCUGAAUGCUAUUUCUGUAAGCUCUCUAAACAGCAUAACGCUUCUGUAUUCUUUUUAUGUAACAGUACUGUAGUUAGAUUUUAUUCGGCUUUGAAACUAAUCUCAGCUCAGGGGGUGGGUAAUCUCAGGCAUUCACAUAUGAUUAUUUAAUAUUGCUGUACUCUUGGUUAAAGGCUCUCUUGUAGCAUAUGGUGCAAAUAUCUCAAAAUGCAAAAACCAAAUACUCAAGUGUUCAGACCUGCUCCGUACCAGCCAGGUGUUCGGAGUAGGAAACUGCCCCUACAGAUGUGCAUUAAGAGCUAAAAGAGAACUCUAGACAAGCGUAAGAUUAUGUUUGGAUUUAUUUGGUGCUAUCAAACAUCACCCACCUCUAGGAAAAUGACUUUUCCCAUACAGUGGUCUUAUAUUUAUAGGUGCUUUAUCUCAGUAAAAUAGCCUUACGUUCUCAUAGCUUACAAUGGCAUCUCCAUGAAGUAACUACCAGACACAAACUAUCCAUCCAAUAACAUUAUCUGCCUCUUUAUGCACUCCUUUCUACUUCAAAUGGCAGUGGCACGUCUUAACAUUAUUCUUCCGAAACUUAUCAUAAGCAUAUCAUAACAGUAUUUUUCUGGUAAUGAAACUAAAGGUGAAGUUGCGUGCUCCUUCAUCCGAAGAUCUGACCUUAGGCCCUGUAGUAAAAAUAUGAGGCAUGAACUUUGAUAAGCUUGGCUAGGAAUGUAACUGCAUAAAACUAGAGGAUGUGCAAUUGCUCAAAAUAAGCAGUGGUGGACCAGUAAUUUCCCUCACCUUUACCAGAAAACACAAAGCAUAUCAAUACAUGCAUGUUUACAGGCAAAACUGAUUUGAGUGGAUCAGUUGUAAAAUUCGCAUCAUUCCAAAUGGUUUCUGCGUUGAUAUUUUUAUUUUGCCUUAAACACUGUAUUCUGUCAAUCUUCAUCAAUGUAAAUAUGUCACUGACAGAAAAUGGGGGGAAGGGUCUUUAAAUGGUCAUAUAGGGUUUUGUUAUCUAGAACAGUAAAAAGUGCCACAAAAUUCUUUAGAUAGGUAUUACUUAUAUUCACAUACAGUAAGAUUGUCUAUUUCUGAGGUUUCUUUGCGCUGCUAUUCCCAACCUGCUGUGGGAGAUUUCCAUUUAAUUACAUCCCUUAAGACUUACGACAGCUUGUCAAGGCUUUAUUUGCCAAGCCCAUGCAGUGGCUUUCUUUCCGAAAAAGAGAUUGGAGGACUUCAGGUCCCAUUUGCUAAUCUAUAUUUUAUUUUAAAAAUGUUGUGAGGAUAGAUUGGUCUUUAUAAUGUAACUGUAUUAUUGGUAAUUUGCCAUAAAAUUGAAUGACCACUGGGAAAAUAUGGCUUAAUCCAAGGGGCACAUUUGACAUUUUUUUCUUCGUGUUAUGUCUUGCUUUGACGCAACAGAUGAGAAAGAAAUGAAGUAUUGCCCAGCCAUUAAUUAUACCUGUGCCUCAUGUUUGCCCCUGUAUGGAAUAGGAUGUUGGUAACAGAAGCCAUUGUGCUCUGUCUGCAUCACAUCUCUGGUUCAUGUGCCUGUAACUGUGAUGGCUGUGUUGUGUUGUGCUGUGUCUCCCUAACAGGACUAUUCAACAACUUACUGUUGACUUUGACUGGUGAAGAGGGAGGAUGAUAGUGAGACUGUUUGUUGUUGUUUUGCUUUUUUUUUUUUUUGUAUUUGUUCUCUCUCUCAGUCCCACUUACAAAUGUUCUCAACUGCAAUACAUCUAAGAUAGAUUACCACACACACUAUACUACCUGCCCAAGUAGUGAUCAUUAUUGAUCAUUGUAUUGGAGAAUUUUGAGAGCAUUACAUUUGUACCAUGUAGUUCUCAAAUUAUAUCUCAAACCCUUGAGAUUUUUCUAUGUUGGCCAAAGUUAUACUACAAAUAUCCUUUGAUGCAUCAGAUCUGCUCGAAUUACUUCUUGAAGUGUAGAACUAGAUUUUUGUCCAAGUUGUUUUACACAAAACAGUGGGUUAGGAUACUAACCCUGGGUCACAAGUUGUUGAACAGUCCACAGAUUUCAUGCAAUGCUUGUUAUUGAUUCAAAACUAAAAUAGUCUACUAUCAAAGGUAUGGUAUCUAAUGUAACUUGCAAUGUGCAAUAGAUGUGCAAUGGGUUUCUAAAUGUUGUAAAAGCAUGUCACCUUUGUGUGAAAAAGAAUUUGGGAAUGGUCUACCUAAUGUCUGGCCAUUAUAAUAGGAUAUAGCCUUCUUGUUUGUAAUUUUCCCCCAGAUAAUAGUUUAAACCAAUUAAUUUUUUUUUUUGUACAUAAUGUCAUAACUGUAUACAUUGUAAAUAGCCAAGUCAUUUGCGACAACAAUCAUUUAGGUUCAGAAAACUAGUAGAGAAAUGUGGUUUGUAAAAGAGGAGCUGUUUGUCUGGAGUGACCCUGUAAACCUGUGGGGAACUGGCAUGCUUUCAGAAGUCUCUGCAUAACCACAAGUCCAACGUUAUUCAUCCGCCAUAAUAAAACCACUCCAUGUUCUUUAA